AUGUUGUCGGCUUUUAUAUGUUUUGUUGACUAUAAAAACACAAAAACAAGUUUAUUUCACAUCCCAACACCAAAACAUCCUUCUCUACAUCCUUCGCGUGAUCUACACAAAAUGCUUGGAGGCUCUGUCAUUCUCUUCGUUCUGUUGGCUGUUUGGCCAACUUUUGUCGUCUCCAACAUAAGUUAUGUGGGCUACGGUCAUCACAUUUUAAAUGGGGAUAUAAUCCAGAUAAUGGGUACAGCAAAACGGAUUGUGAAAAGCAACGAAGAUCUCAAGAAGUACAAAGGCCCGAAUUCUUGCAAUGUUGCUUUUGACGAGAAGAAUGGAGACAUCACUCUGAACUACAACAAAGUCAAAGAAACGGGAUGCGUUGUUGAUCUACUGACAGAUUCGUGGGAUGGUCAAUUCGAGUUUAACGCUACUGUGGAUAAUGGCGACAAGGAAUUGAAGGAAUGCCUUAAGCCUAGAUCUAGUGGGAUUAAUUCGAAUAUGUUUCCAUUUGCUUAUAGCAUUGAUCAUGAAUGGUUUGAUACUCUUUCAAAAGGACCUCCCUACAACAAUAAUAUUAAUUGUGUUAAUAAAGCAAAGUGUGUAAGCAAACAGGCAGAAUGUUUGCAGCAAACAGGAUUCGAAAUUGGCUGGUCGUUAAAGAGUACUGACAAUCAGUUUGUAUCUUCAAAAUGGAUGCCAAUUGGCGAUCCCACAGUAUGCAGCGAUUUUCAUGACCAUGAUAAAACAAACAGACAUACUUCUCACUUCAAAAUAUCAGUUGGCCAGAAUGAGACACAUUUUGAUGGAAGGCCCUACUCCUCCUGCCCUCAGAAUCCAUGCCUUUCAGACGAAGGAGUAAUCAGACCAAAAGCUUGGAAAAUUGAAGACAAAACAUUUUUAAACGAGAAAUACAGAUAUUUAUUUGUUUUUUAUCUUCUACCACAAAAAGCGUCAAUAUUUCACGGAGGUGGGAUAUGGGUUGAUAAAGCAAGGAAAAUUGAAGGGCCAAUAUGCAAUAUUUUUGUUAAAUUUAAUGGGACAAAAUACAAGCUUUUAAUGCUUGGAAAUGAAGAAAUUCCUUCAACUACUUCAACAACGAAAAUAACAACAACGUCCAAGACAACAACUGGGACUACGACAACAACAAAAAAUCAACUGGAAACAACAACAACUAGAGAGGAACCUUCUCCAACUUCUCCGCCUUCUAAUAACAAAACAUUUAUUAUUGUCAGUGUAGUCAUCAUUGUGAUAUUCAUUGCUACUUUUAUCGUCCUUCUCCUCUGUCUAUCUCUAUGUUGCAAGAAGAGUGAAAAGAAUCAAACAGUUAAAAUGGCUACCGCUCGAAGUACAGACUCGUAUAUGAUUGCCGAUCGAAGCAAACCAAAAAUUGAGGCUUCUCCGACUUAUGAUGAUACACCAACACAAGUUACAUAUGCUACAGACCUUCAAGUAAAGAAAUAUGUUUCGAGUACAAAUAUUGAUGAGGGGACGACUGUUGUAGGCAAACAAACUGUUAACGAUACAAUGGAUGAUAAAAGGAUGUCAAACAAAGAUGAAGAAAGAUCCAAGGGUGAAAGUACUUUUGAAUAA